AAUAAAAGUAUCGUUCCCGAUAACUUAUUUUACCCUAAAUAAGAAUAGGGUAGGGUUUGACUUGUCAAAAAUUUUCAUAUAUAUAUGCAACUGAAACCUCAUUGUCAGACCUGGAGACAAUUUCUGCAAAGAUAGCCUGCUUUGCUUAAAGUGAUUUUGUUCCGAUAAAUAAAUAUGAAAUACCUUGCUGCCUACUUACUUCUUACUGUUGGCGGAAAGCAGUCGCCAUCAGCUAGCGAUGUCGAAUCUGUCUUGUCCACUGUGGGCAUUGAAGCUGAAAAAGAGCGUGUUGAGUCUUUGCUCCGUGAGCUUGACGGCAAGAACUUGGAAGAGUUGAUUUCUGCUGGUAAUGAAAAACUCGCCACCGUUCCCUCAGGGGGAGCUGCUUCUGCUGCUCCUGCUGCCGUUGGUGAUGCCGCUCCUGCUGCUGAAGAAGCCAAGAAAGAGGAAGCUAAACAAGAGGAAGAAUCUGACGAAGAUAUGGGUUUCGGUCUCUUCGAUUAGGCAGUUAUUUCACAUAAAUAAAUGCAGAUUUAAAUAUUUUUAAGUAAGUAGUAGAUGUUUUGUUUAUGAUGGACUAGAUAAAAUUUUUAGGUAAUUUUCAUGUUAUGUUGCUUUGGAUUUAUAGUAGUACUCGAAAAUCUGAUUUUAGAAUUAUAUUGGAAGUGAAUGAGUUAAAUCACAAUUGAAGACACUGUUUUUAUUAUUCAUUCACUUGCUAUCAUAAGUCAUUUCCUCGAUUCAUUUAGAAAUAGUAUUAUAU